AUCAAAUUAACUGCAUAACCGUAACGCAGUGCUUCUGAACAGGCUCUGAAAGACUGUUUUCUUUAAAAAAAUAGUUUUAUAGUGAAGGGAAUAUUUUGAGUAAUCAGCUGUAAAAGACCCCAAAAUAAUUUCCUAAACGAUUGAAAGCUUCAAACAACGGGCGCUCCCUUUAAAGAGUGAAAAUAAUCCCACGCUGACGAUCUGUGUUUCAUGGAAAACAGUCGGAUCUACAGGAAUCCAGUAGUUUGAUGAGGCGCUGUGAAACUGGGGAGGGAAAGCUCUUCGUGCUCUUAUCUCGACACAGAGUAUGGAGGGAUACAAACUCGGCAGGACUGCCUGCCUCUCUUUCACACUGCUUCACGCUGAGAACCGUUUCCCCCCUCUGCAUGAUGAAAGCUCUGAGUGUGCAGACUGGGCUGCCACACGGCGCUGUAGAGGCUGGUUCCCUGGGGUCCAUCAGGAAGCAGCUUGACGUGAGAAGUCAUUGACAGGAGAGCUCCUGCGCGGGGCGAAUAAAACUAGGAAUAAGUACCACUAACGGCGUUCAACAAUGAAGAGCAUUUAUAUCGCACUUUCUCACCCCCAAGGAUCCCAAAGCACUAUACGUGCAGGAAGGGACCGAAAUCACUCUGGGAGACACACAGCGGCCAUUCUGCACCUGCAGCCCCACUGCACAGGUCAGGGAGAGGAAAGACAAACUCCAUUACCUGUUGAAUUAAGGGGAACAUUUUGGAAGCACGAUUAGCCCAGCCCGGAGUGGAAUUUAACAGUUCAAUCAGGACAGUAUUGGUUAACAGAUCUACGCUUAUGAACAACAUCAUGUGAUCUUCAAUGACCAGGCAGUCAGGACUUCAGUUUCACAUCUCAGCUGGACGACAGUGUCUCCUACAGCAAGAUGCUGGGGAGCUGGUAAAGAAAUUCAGGUCCAGAGAAAGGGGCGCCACCUACUGGUCCAUCAACAAGACAGCUGCCACCUGGUUUUCAGUGGAGGGCUCCCGUCCCAGUACGGACCAGACCCAGCCUGCUGGGCUUCUGAUAUCAGGCAAGAUCAACAGGGCUAGACUAGAACAUGUUUUGCAUAUGUGCCUUUUUUUUAAUAGAUAUUUUACUUUGAUGGUUCUAUUGGUUCAACAGAAAUGAAAAGGUUUUACAAUUAACAGACAACAGCCAUCAAGAUCGCCCCCUCUUCCAUUUUCUCCUCCCGUGCUGCCACCGGGAAUUGACUUCUGCUUUGCAAGGGGCACCCCAGGGCACAGCGCCGGCUCCUGGGUGCUAGAUCCCCGUCCCUGAAGCUCCGGUUUCGCUGUGCUUGAAGGCGCUUCGCCUGUCUGCUUCUCUGGAUUUUGCGCAGAGAGCUUCUUCUGUUGACAAGAAUCCCAGUCGUAGCAGAUGAGGCGGUGGGGUUGAGAUACGGCUCUGUGCGCGGAACACAUUUUUAAUCAGAAUGAAAAGCGUUCAACGGGACCAGUUUUCUAGCAGCAAACUCUUCGGCUUUUUGAGCCAGCGGAGACUGUACGGAACAGGUGUGCUGAGCAAAAGUGAUGGACUAGUUUCUGGAAUUCAUUUUGGAGCAUAUUCUUCUUUUGUAAGGGUAUAUCUCUCGCUACACGUUUGACGUCGAAUACCGAAACAGUUUUGUGUGCUUGUUUCGGUGGGAAGGAAACAUUUUACUUCACCCAUUUUACAAGACUCGCUUUAAACACAAAGGCAAAACACGAAACGCAGACAAGAGAUUCUUGGAUGAGGAGUGUACAGUACGCUCACCCUGGAUUCAGCAGGCGCAGUGUUGAUAAUAAACGGAAAUAAUUUUAUAUGAUAGGAUAAUUAAACGAAGUAACUCGAGUUCAGCUAUUUAGAACCAGCCCUGGUCAGAUCACAAACGCACAAUACAGUAAAAAUGCCGCCACGGAUUUAUUAGGAAAAGCACACCAUCCAUUCUGUUAAAAAGCUACCGAACAGGUUAUUUCGUCCGUUGUAAUGUUCGGCGUGCAUCUGGUUUACCUCUUGUGACAAAAAAUAUUUCUGGAAACUUCUGCGUUUGAGUCGGCAAGUUCCCUGUUCUCAUGUCCCCCCUCACCUCCCGGGAGACCUUACCUUUUCCCGACAUGUAACACUGCCAAAAGGCGCUUCAAAAACGCCACCAGUAACAAAACGCGUCGCGUCGCGCCGAGAGCAGUGAGCCCAGCAGGUACUGUACGCGAGUGCCUUUGCGGGAGGGCGCGCUGCGCGUCCCCGCGGCGCCUCCGGGUUAUUUCAGGCUGCGGACGAAACUAGUGUCGAGUUUACAUAACCUGUGGGGACCCCGAGAGAGACGUGGGACAGAGCGGAGCGGUGCGGCAGCUUCUCGCGGGUUAGGCUAUUCCUUCGGCGCUGGGCUGGGGCUGUCCCUACCCGGGCAGGUUAUUUACAUGCCAGGAAGCCCCGAGCGCUUUAUAAAGCCGGGCUCCAGCUCUCCCGCAGAGCAAGUGGAGACACGAUCGACCGCUCCGCCUCCGUCUGUAGCAUCACCACCACCGUCUUCACCACCACCAGCAGCAGCACCGUUAUUAAACAUGGACAAACACAAAUGCUCCCCGAACGACUAUUACGAUAAGCUGAUGGAGACCUGUAAACCGUGCUAUCUACGCUGCUCUAAGGCGCCCCCCUCUGUCUGUCUGACGUAUUGCAAACAAUCUGUGGAAACGGUGUGGAUCAUCCUGGGCGCCUUCCUGCUUUUAGGAGCGGUGGGCGUCAUCCUGACGGUGUCCCUUCAGAAGCUGUGGAAAAGGAGAUCCAGCCGUUACCCCCAAAACACAGGGGGUGACCCCGAGAAAACCGCGGACGCCGGCCGAGCGGACAGCGCCAGAGAGACCGGACUUCCCGACGGGCUUGUCCCGACACCGGGCGACACCGACCGGCGCGAAACCACCGCUGACCUCCAGCGCAUCUCCGCUCUGCCCCUCCCGGCGACGGAGGAAGGCGCUACCCUUCUGGUGACCGCAAAGACUACCCAGCUCAGCAGCUACCCGUGGGACGGUCCAAGAGACGUCGUGGGGUUGAGGAGGUCUGUCUUCACAGCCUGAGUGACAGGGGGACAGCUAAGUGACCCUGAGCCGAGCUGCUCCGCUCCUCCCCGCUGUAUCGGAAAGCCCGAGUCCUCUCAUCAAAGCGAAAAAAAGACACAGAUGACCAGAAAACUGCCCCAAAGAGUAUUUUUUUUACCACAAACUGAAACGUUCAAAUGUUUAAAUGUUAUCGUUUUGACGUUUUCUUUGCAUCUUUUUUUUUUCCUACUAAGAAAUGCUGUUAGUCAAAAAGUAUUCGAUUUGCGAGCCUCGGGGUGCGUCAGUCUUGAACUGUACGGUGUACCUGUGUGUGCUAUUUGUUUCUUCAGCUAUUUUAGUGGAAUGUAAUGAAAAAAAAAUUGCUGUAUAUUACAAGAGGGUUUUUAUCUCGACGGCGUAUUAUUU